CCGGCGAGCGGCGGGCGGCGGGGAGGGGGCUGCACGGGGCGGGAGGCGGCCGCAGGCUUGCGCGCAGGCCUGCGCGCCAGUCCUCCGGCGUCCGGUCACCGAGAGCCCCCCCGGCCGCGCCAUGGCCCUGAAGGCCGAGGGCGCCGCGCUCGACUGCUUCGAGGUGACGCUCAAAUGCGAGGAAGGGGAGGACGACGAGGAGGCCAUGGUGGUGGCCGUAAUCCCGCGGCCGGAGCCGAUGCUCAGAGUGGCCCAGCAGGAGAAGACCCCGCCGCCGAGGCCCAGCCUGCUAGAGGCAGGCGGCGAUGGCUGUGAGGAGCCCGGGCAGCAGGUGUCUUGGGAGCAGGAGUUCCUGGUGGGGAGCAGCCCGGGAGGCAGCGGGCGGGCGCUGUGCAUGGUGUGUGGGGCCGAAAUCCGGGCCCCCUCGGCGGACACGGCGCGCGCCCACAUCCUGGAGCAGCACCCUCACACCCUGGACCUGAGCCCUUCCGAGAAGAGCAAUAUCCUGGAGGCCUGGAGUGAGGGGGUGGCCCUUUUGCAAGACUUCAGGGCUGAGCAGCCGUCCCCACCCCAUUCAGACUCAGGCCGGGAGAUCGAAGUGGACCUAGACUCCGACCCGGACCCUGCUGAAAUGCCAGCAGAGAUUGUCGUUCUCCUCGACUCCGAGGACAACCCCUCCCUCCCUAGGAGGAGCCGGCCCAGGGGACUCCGCCCUCUGGAGCUUCCCGCGGCGCCUGUCCCAGAGCCGGUAAGCAAGAAGCCACGUGGUCAGAGAUGGAAGGAGCCCCCUGGGGAGGAGCCGGUCAGAAAGAAAAGAGGCAGACCCAUGACCAAAACCCUGGACCUGGACCCGGACCCGGACCCAGGUGAAGGCGAGGAAGAUCCCCCCUCACCUGACUCACCCACUGAGACUUUUGCGGCUCCCGCCGAGGUCCGACACUUCACCGACGGCAGCUUCCCCGCUGGCUUCGUCCUCCAGCUCUUCUCCCACACCCAGCUCAGGGCCUCAGACAGCAAGGACCCGCCCAAAGAGGAGAAAGUGGCAGAAGGAGGCCUUCUCCAGCCGGAAAGCCCCUCCCCAGCUCCCCCUCCGGGGCUUCGCGGGACGCUGGAUCUCCAGGUUAUCCGCGUGCGACUGGAGGAGCCCCCGGCAGUCAACCUCCUGCAAGACUGGUCCAAGCAUCCCCAGGGCACCAAGGGUGUGGGAGCAGGUGACAGCCCAGACUGGCCCGCGGUUCUGUCAGAGUCCAGCACCACUGUCGGGGGGCAGCCAGAGGCAGGGAGUGGCCUGUAGGUUCUUGCUUUCUGGCGGGGGGGCAGGGAGAGGAGGCGUUGUCCCCCUUUGGCUUAUCACUCAGAGCUGCCCAGCUCGGCCACCUGAUGGAGAGAGUAAAACCAGGUGCCAAGGCAGGAUGGAGGAGAGGAAGGUGGGCAGCAUCCGCUAUGACUCGGGGACGCUGGAAAGUGUCUCCCCGGGGUGAGGCGUGAGGCCAGGCCCUGAGGGGGACGGGGGUGCCGAGGGCUGUCGUGCGGUAGGGCAUUGGGCCUAUGGAGAACACCCACCCGAUCCUUUUGCUGACCCAGACCUCUCUGUCCCCCUGACCUCCUCCCACCCUCUCAGCCCCCCACCAUUCUCCCUUGGCACAGUGCCUUACGCAAGAGGUGGUCGUGACGGUGUUGAACUGAGUCCCACUACCUCGGGGGACGCCUCUCCUCCCCCACCUGUUUAGGCUCCUAAACCAGGAAGCCUCCAUUACCUCUUCCUCCUCCAUCCCUGCAGGUGGCUGAAGCAGCCUACCUGGGGGCUCGGUCACUCACACUCUCCUCUUCACCCUUUUUCCUGUUGUAUAUAUCUCCUUUGUUGACAAUAAAUUAUUUUUUUUUAUUAAGAGAGUUCCG